GACGGGUUGUGUUGAAUUUGAAAUCAGGCUUUAACGAGAAAAUAGACGCGAUGAAAAAGAAAAACAGCAAGAAGCAGGUCAAAGUAACAUCCACUCUCGACGAGCAAACUUCCAGUUAUUUCAAAAGGGUAGAAGAUAUGAUAAAUGAAGACGAUUUUGAUGAUGAUGAGAGUCGAAAGCUAUUUAUGGAAAACGUGUUUACACAAGUUGAAAACAACGAGGUUAAACUUUCCUGUGAUAUGAUAGUCAGCAGAACUAUGGAGAAGCUGAUCGUUUAUUUGAACGAUAUCCAAAUUCGCCGCGUAAUACAAAACAUUGAGGAUCAUUUCUGCCAAAUCGCCAUGGACAAAUUCGGUAGCCAUGUGCUCCAAUCGCUCAUUUGUGCUAUUCCAAAAGCAAUAAGGUCGGAGCGCAGUAAAAACAGAGAAUUUAAAAAUAAUAUCGACGAUUUGAAAAGUGCGGAGGAACUUUUCCUGAGUCUCUGUGAUUGUUUUCGAGAGAAUAUAGGUGAACUUGUCAGCCAUACUUACGGAAGCCAUGUUCUUAGAACUGCCUUUGAGGUGCUGGGCGGUGUGAAAGUUGCGGAUAAUGUGGUACGUAGUCGAGCCUCACGGCGAAGUAGAGAAAAAAGUUAUCAAUCAGAGGAGAAAAGACAGUCAAUCAAGCAGAGUCAAGUGGGAAAUGCCUUUGGAACAGAGGCCAUCACACAUAUGGAGACAGUUGCAGUUCCAGAUAGCUUUCUACCUGUUCUCAAACAACUCACCAACAUAAUAAUUAAAAUGGAACUCCAAAAAUUGGCUCUUCACCCAGUAAGUAAUCCCCUCUUGCAGACAUUACUACUGGUUCUACACAGGAAAGAUCAGUCAUUGUGUAUGAAGUUAUGCAAGGCGGUUAUGUCUCAAAUUGACAUGUACAACAGUAAGAAAGGAAGGAUCAAAGGACCCAGAGAACCUAAGGAAAGUGACAGUGAGCAGGCCCAAAAAGAGCAAGAAAGAAGCUACAGGGUACCUGUUCUGCUUUCAAAUGAGAUCAGCAGUCACUUGGUUGAAAAGAUUUUACAUGUUGUUACACCUGAGCUUUGGCAAGAGAUUUAUGAUUCUUACUUCAAUACUCACUUGGUUCAGUUGUCCUGCCAUCCUAUUGCUAAUUUUAUUGUACAACAUCUGAUGGCAAGCACAACAGAUAAAGCUCAGGCAAAGCAAAUGUUAGCAGAGCUGCUACCAUAUCUGGAAGAUCUCCUUGCUAAUGAGCAUAUGGGUAUUGUAGUAAGAAUGGCUGAAGUUGCUGUGCGGUUUGUGAUCAAGCAAAAAACAAUGUUGAAAGCACUGCUGCAAGCAUUUCACUGUGAAGAAAAAGAGGAACAAUCCAGUGCUGUUCUUUUGUUCUUGUCAUUAACAACUUAUGACAUUUUCUAUGGAACAAAGUUAAAUGAAAAAGGAGAAAGUGAAGAAGGUGUCAAUACUAUUUCGGUGAGUAAACUGGGGUUGUUUUGGUUGUAACUGCCUUGUUAGCUCCGGUUGUAGAACGUCAAACUGUUUAGUAGAAGGUUGUGGGCUCAAGCCCCAGAGCAAACCAAUACUCAGGGUCUUGAAAUAGCUGAGGAGUAUGUGCAACCUUUUUUGUGACACCUGCAAUUGUUUGAUGUUAUAGUCUUCUUGGAUAAAGAUGAUAAACUGUACACCCCAUUUCCUGCAACUUCUUUGUAUUAAUUAGUUAACAGGGGUAGUUAAAGAACCCAAGCACUUCUCCCAAAUAGUAGGGAAUGUACCCUACAGAAAUUGGGGGCGUCUGC